UCCCAACAAACCAAAUCCUCAUCCUCCUCCUCCUCCUUUGAUCACUUUUCAAACUCUAGCAUCAUGGGUGUUGUCACUUAUGAGCAUGAGAUCACUUCUUCAAUCCCACCAGCCAAGAUGUUCAAGGCCUUUAUCCUUGACUCUGACAACCUCAUUCCCAAGAUCCUUCCACAGGCUAUUAAGUGUGUUGAAAUCAUUGAAGGUGAUGGAGGGCCUGGAUCUAUUAAGAAGAUUACUUUUGGUGAAGGAAGCCAAUUCAAUUAUGUGAAGCACAGGGUUGAUGGAAUAGACAAAGAGAACUUCACAUACAGUUACAGUGUGAUUGAGGGUGAUGCUUUGAUGGGCACCCUUGAAUCAAUUUCUUAUGAGGUCAAGUUGGUGGCUUCUCCCAAUGGAGGAACCAUGUGCAAGAGCACUAGCAAGUACCAUACCAAAGGAGACUUUGAGAUCACAGAAAACCAAAUCAAGGCUGGCAAAGAGAAGGCUAAGGGCCUGUUCAAGGCUGUUGAAGCCUACCUCCUGGCCAAUCCAGAUGCCUAUUAAAUGAAAUGUUCUAUAUUGUAAUUAGUUUCUUGUGUCUUCAGUAUCAUCACUUUAAGGUGUGGUUUUCAUAUAUGUUCCUCUUAUUUGGCCAAAAGAGAUGAUAAGAUUUGUAUGCAUGCACUUUCUUGACUUGUUUGUAAUGUUUGAUUGGA